AAAAUAAUAAAUAUUAAUAUAAAAUAUAAAUAUAAUAAAACUAGACCUCAUGAUUUGAACUCUCACAUGGAGCUAUCAUGGCCAACACUUCUAUUUAAACCCACUACACCCCUCCCAACCUUACUACAACAACUCACCUUCUUCUCCUAUCUCUUCCUCAACCUUCCAAAACCUUCUCAUCUUCCAAAGCUCUAAGUCUCUCUACAAAACCAAUCACAACCAUUAACUUCCUUGGCCACUAGAUCAACAACCCAAAAACCAAUCAGUUUCUUGUAUACACUUUCUCAACCGCGCAUACUUAGUCCUCCAAACAUGUUUAACGGUUCUGAUCAUGACGAUUUCCUCUCACGGCGAUGUGUGUGGGUGAACGGACCAGUCAUCGUAGGGGCCGGCCCAUCGGGUCUGGCCACCGGUGCUUGCCUGAAAGAACAGGGCGUCCCAUUCAUCAUACUCGAGAAGGCUGAUUGCAUUGCUUCCUUGUGGAAAAAACGCACCUAUGAUCGCCUCAAGCUCCACCUCCCCAAGCAAUUCUGUCAGCUUCCGAAGCUUCCGUUCCCGGAAAACUUCCCGGAGUACCCAACCAAGAAGCAAUUCAUUGAGUAUUUGGAAUCAUAUGCAGAGCACUUCGAUAUCAAACCUCGAUUCAACGAAUGCGUCCAAUCCGCCAAUUACGAUGAGACGUGCGGGUGGUGGCGUGUCAGGACCGGCGGGAUGGCCGGAAGUGGUGAGGUGGAGUACAUUUGCCGCUGGCUAGUGGUGGCGACAGGAGAGAAUGCAGAGCGCGUCAUGCCGGAGAUUGAAGGGCUGGGAGAGUUCCAGGGAGAAGUGAUGCACGUUUGCCAGUACAAGUCCGGCAAGGACUUCGAAGGGAAGCAGGUAUUGGUCGUUGGCUGUGGGAAUUCCGGCAUGGAAGUGUCUUUAGACCUUUGCAACUACAAUGCCUUACCGUCAAUGGUUGUCCGCAGCUCGGUUCAUGUCUUGCCGAGGGAAAUUCUUGGGAAAUCAACAUUCGCGAUGGCUGUUUUAUUGAUGAAAUGGCUACCCCUUCGGUGGGUGGACAAGCUUCUAUUGUUUUUGGCGUGGUUGGUGCUUGGAAACACAGCAAAAUACGGGCUAAAACGGCCAUCGGUGGGGCCCCUGCAGCUCAAGAACACGGAAGGGAAGACCCCUGUUCUGGAUAUUGGUGCAUUGGAGAAAAUUAGAUCUGGUGAAAUCAAAGUAGUCCCAGGAAUCAAGAGGUUCUCAAAUGGGGGUGUUGAGCUUGUAAAUGGACAGAUAUUGGAGGUCGAUUCCGUCAUUUUGGCGACCGGAUACCGCAGCAAUGUUCCUUCAUGGCUAAAGGAGAAUGACUUCUUCUCAAAGAAAGGGUUUCCAAGGCAGCCAUUUCCAGAUGGGUGGAAAGGGAAUUCAGGGCUCUAUGCAGUUGGGUUCACAAGGAGAGGAUUGUCUGGUGCAUCCAUAGAUGCUAUGAGAAUAGCACAAGAUAUUGGGAAAGUUUGGAAAGAGGAAACAAAGCAGACAAAGCAGUUUGCCUGCCAUAGAAGAUGCAUUUCAAUGUUCUGAUGAAGUCUCCUUCAGCUGAUUGAUUGUUUUUCAUGUUUUUCCUCUUUUCUUACUCUUUUGGGCCAUCAUCCAUGGUGGUAACUGAGAUGAACUUGUCGCGUGUAAAAUGAUAAAUAGUGUUUGUAAAAAGAAAGAAAAAAAAAAGGCACAUAUACCAGACCUCUCCAAAGAGCCCAGUUUUUGUAUGGAAUGGGCUUUUUUGUGUAUAGAGAAAUAGGUUUUUUUUUUUUUUUUUUUUUUUUUUUUAGAGUUUUGGAAUUUUUGUAUCUUGUAUAAUUUGGCAAUGAUUAACAAAGGAAAGAGUACUAUUCUCUUGUUAUUCUA